CGUGAGGAGACCAUGGCGGGAGGAAUGAAAGUGGCGGUCUUACCUGCAGUUGGUGCCGGGCCCUGGAGCUGGGGGGCCGGCGGCGGUGGUGCAGUGCGACUGCUCCUGGUCCUCUCCGGCUGCUUGGUCUGCGGCUCAGCCGGAAUUGAUUUAAACGUGGUCAUGCUUCAGGAAUCCAAAGUUUAUUAUAUGAAUACCAGUCAACAAUCCUGUUAUAAAAAUGUGCUUAUCCCAAAGUGGCAUGAUAUAUGGACACAGAUACAGAUUCGGGUAAAUAGUUCCAAACUGGUCCGAGUCACCCAGGUGGAGAAUGAGGAGAAACUGAAGGAGCUAGAGCAGUUCAGUAUCUGGAACUUUUUUUCCUCCUUUUUAAAAGAGAAAUUGAAUGACACCUAUGUUAACGUGGGUCUGUACAGCACAAAAACCUGCCUCAAAGUUGAGAUUUUAGAGGAAGACACCAAGUACAGUGUCAUUGUGACCCGGAGAUUUGACCCCAAACUCUUCCUCAUUUUUCUCCUUGGACUUAUUCUAUUUUUUUGUGGUGACUUGCUGAGCAGAAGUCAAAUCUUCUACUAUUCCACUGGGAUGAGUGUGGGAAUUGUGGCCUCUUUACUAAUCAUCAUUUUUAUGCUGUCCAAGUUUAUGCCCAAGAAAAGUCCCAUUUACAUCAUCCUGGUAGGAGGCUGGUCCUUUUCUCUGUACCUCAUUCAGCUAGUUUUUAAAAAUUUACAAGAGAUCUGGAGAUGUUACUGGCAGUAUCUUUUAAGCUAUGUCCUUGCAGUUGGAUUCAUGAGUUUUGCAGUCUGUUACAAGUAUGGGCCCUUGGAGAAUGAACGAAGUAUCAACCUGCUGACUUGGACCUUGCAGCUGAUGGGCUUAUGUUUCAUGUAUUCCGGUAUCCAGAUACCACACAUUGCCCUUGCCAUUAUCAUCAUUGCACUGUGUACUAAGAGCCUGGAGUACCCUAUUCACUGGCUGUACAUCACCUACAGAAAGAUGUGUAAUGCAACAGAAAAGACUGUGCCCCCUCGUCUUCUGACAGAAGAAGAAUAUCGGAUACAAGGAGAGGUAGAGACCCGAAAGGCUUUAGAGAAGCUUAGAGAAUACUGCAACAGUCCAGACUGCUCGGCUUGGAAGACUGUUUCUCGAAUCCAGUCUCCAAAAAGAUUUGCUGACUUUGUGGAAGGAUCUUUCCACCUCACACCAAAUGAGGUUUCUGUCCAUGAGCAGGAGUAUGGGUUAGAGAGCAUUAUUGCCCAGGAUGAACUCUAUGAAGAAACAUCCUCUGAGGAGGAGGACUCAGAUUCUCGGUACCCCCCCAUCACACAACAGAACAGCUUGUUGACUUAGGUGGUCGUCAGUUAUUUUUAUGUGGAUUGGCUUGGUACCUCAAUGGUCCAGGUUGCAUGUGUUGCGCAAUUGCUUCUCAAAUCUUGGAAAUAGGGUGAGAUAGUGCUGAAAUUCUCCCACUGAAAUUAGAGGCCUGAGUAGACCUCCCUCUGGAAAUGGUCUUGGUGGUCUCUGUGGGGUCCUGAGGAAGCAGAGUGGAUAAAGUAGUGACUGCUUCCCAACACGUCCCAUUGGUUAAGUUCUCGGCCCACCUUUAUAUUUCCAAAGAAACUGGAUUGCCACAGCUAGCAUGGCAUUCCAGCUCCUCUUUGAAAGUUGAUUCAGUUGUGGCAUUUCAAACUCAGAAGUGAUAACUGUUAUAUGUGAAGUAAUGCUUUCAGACUAUAGGCUGCAUCUUUCAGAGACAAAUCCACAAAUCUGAGCCUCUUUUACUUCUGCUUUUAUUUCAGUGACUUUAGCAUAAUCCUUGUUUUAACUGU